CGAAGAAAGAACUGUCAAGUUAAUGCUGCCUACUAGAUAUUUAAGUAUUGUUUACAAUUUCUUACAUGUGCUCAUUAAGGUUCAGGCAUUAUUUGAAAAUUGCAAUCAUGUAAUUAAUCUGAAGGCGAAUGAAAAAUUGUACAUAAACUCAUCAAAUUAUCAUCUCGAGCCCUAUCUGUCGCGCAGUGCUUGCCGGUACCUGCUGAAAGCUCCAACAGGCUACCAAAUUAAACUGGAAUGUAACCUGAGACUGAAAUUGCCCCCUUCUGUCACCGAUUGUCGCCAGGAAAUCUUCUAUUUUAAUGCUGAGGGCAACGAGGUGUUAACCGAGUCAGAGUAUUUUUGUGGUUCGGGUGAAAUCAAACGAAAAAGUUUCCUCAAUCAAGCUGUAAUUUCAUACAUUUCAACAGUUGACUACAAGAACAACGCUAACAAUAACAACAAUAACAACAACAACAACAGGUAUGCCAGGCAAGCAAUGGCAAUAAAUGAAGAUAUAACAAUUUCCGAUAGUGGCACUAAAAGUGGUAGCUUAAGCACUUUAACUAAACCGAGACUAAGUGAAAGAAGAGUAACGAAAGAACGAAAGAGGAAACAAAUAGCAGGAACAACAACAAUAACUUCAAGUGCAACAGUAGCUGCCAGCAACAACACAAGCACCGUCUUCGCCUUUGCUAACAUUUCAAUGAUUUUUUUAAAACCAUUGCUUGCCCAUGAACGAGCAUUGUUCGGUUAUGUGAUUGCCUUGUUGUCUAACAAAAUUGGUACAAAAACUUUUACAAAACCAAUACAAGCAACAAGCGUAACAACAAGUGUUUCUUCAAAAGUUAAAAGUGCUCAGAGACGUUGUAAGAUUUCCUUUAAACGUGCCGGCAAAAUCUUUACCAGCCAUCAAGACCAUGCAGAAAUUGGCGGCUCUUUUUCAUGCUUAAUCGAAACGAUUGAGGCAACAUGUGAAUGCGGUCGGUCAUCAGCAACUUCAAUAGCAGUAGUGAAAGUGACCACCACCUCGCAGACAAAUAACGAUUGGGAUGGUGAGACGGGUGUCAAUGAAUUUCCUUCAAUGGCCGGCGUGAUGACCGUAAAAUACAAGCAAAUUUUUUGUGGAGCAACUAUAAUUCAUCAACAUUAUCUACUAUCAGCUGCUCACUGCUUUUUAACACCAAAAACCAAUAAAGCAGAAUUGCUGCAAGUGGUUGUGGGAGAACAUAAUUUGUCAACAGAUUUCGAAACACCUUUCACACGUUACUUUGCAGUUCAAAAUAUCAUCAGUCAUGAAAAUUUUAGAUCUACAUCCAGCACAGUUUCUAACGACAUAGCCUUACUUAAAACUUUAAUUAGCAUUGAAUUCAAUUAUGGUGUGGCUCCGGCUUGCUUGCCCUUCCACUUCAAUGCACCUGAGCCGAAUGAUCGUGUCAUGGCAACAGGUUGGGGAACAACAUCAUUUGGCGGACAACAGUCUUCCCUCUUACUUAAGACUACGCUGGAUGUUAUCCCACGGAACCAAUGCGAAAAGUUGACUUCACUUCCACUAACUCGCAACAUUUUUUGCACUUUUACUUCCGGUCGCGAUACUUGCCAGUACGACUCCGGUGGUGCUCUUUAUCAGCGCGAUAGUGAGGGUCGUUUGUUUACCGUUGGUGUGAUCAGCUACGGCUUCGCAUGUGGCGGUCAACAGCCUUCGAUAAAUACACGCAUACGCUCCUAUUUGACGUGGAUUAAAGCAAAAGCUCCGGAAAUUAUAUUCUGCAUUACAUAG